AUGGCGCUUCCGGUUGGUGGCGGGGACGAGUACCCGCCACUCCGUCUCACCGAUGGUCCGUACUACUCAGCCAAACGACGCACAGCCGAUACCGUCGACCAUGACCAUCAAAACCACGCCCGGCACAAACGACCAAAAUAUGCCCAGCAGCCUCAGUAUGCCGACCAUGUCGCCUACAAGGCGGCAGACGAACUGCCGCCGCUUGCCCUCUACCAUCCUUCCCCAUGUCAUUCAUACCGGCAUUCCUCUCCACACCCUCACCUUCCCUCCCCGGAGCCCAGCUGCGCUGCACCGGCCAUGGAACGCACCGCCUCGGGCCAUUCCAUCCAGGCAGAAGCAACAGAGCGGUGCGGCUCUACCGAGCUUCUCGAAGACGGCGAGGCUGCCCAACGAGUCCGGGACCACUUGGCCUCGUUUCGCCGACGCAACCCGGACUCGAAGCAUGAGCGCAUCCUGCGCAGCAUCAUCAGUCCGCGCCGGCCUUGCCGCACCGGCGCCCGUUCCCAAUGCUCCUCCUCAUCGAGGGCUCGGGACGACGAGUACCCGCUCGACAACGACUCUCUCGAGUCCAUCUUCUCUGCCGCCAACGAAAUCUUCUUCAACGGUCGCCUCAGCCAGCGCGUCAGGUGGGACUGGUCCCAUGAGUCGAGCACCCGGUAUGAGAACCGGGUCAUCGGCACGACGGCGCUACGGCGUGCGUGCAAGAGCAUCCGCGGCUUUGAGACGCUGAUUGUGCUCUCGUCGACCAUCCUCCAAGACGAGCGCUUUAGCAGGCGGCUGCUGAUCUCGACUUUUUUGCAUGAGCUAAUCCACAGCUAUUUGUUCAUUUGCUGCGGGUUCAGGGCAAGGUGGUGUGGCGGCCACACGCCCGGGUUCAGGGCCAUCGCCCAGAUUAUUGACGACUGGGCCGGCGAGGAGAGUGGAUUGUAUCUCAGCCGGGUCGAGGCAGACCUUGACUUGUUCAGGCUUGACCGUGCGCCUGCCGAUCAGGGGGGCGAUAGCAGCUGGAGCGGUGUCUUUAGGGUGGCGGGAAAGAGCUUCACGGUCGCCGCGAACGUUUACUCUUGCUCUGGGAUGGCGCCUGAGCAUGACGAGUAUCCUGCGACUGCAGAUGUUGUCCAGACCGUCCCCAGUGGUCACGAGAGAGUGCCCUACUUGCUGAGUCGGGUCCCGCCCGGUCUUGGGCAGGCUGUUGGCACCUGGGAGAUGGCGAGCUGUUAUGAACACUCUGGCAGCAACGGCGGCAACAACGCUUGGUGGAGCCAUCACCAAGCCGCCCGGCCCCUCUACAUAUAUGCUGGCGAUUGUUCGGCGACGCCUUACGUUUAUACGAACACGAACAGCAUGUUACAGAGACCUUGA